AUGUAUAAUGACAUAGAAAGAUUCAUUUCAUUCACGGAAAGAGAUGAAUUUGAUGAAGAUCAAAAACUUGAAAGUAGUUUAUAUCCAGAUUCUGAAAAAGGAUAUUCAUUACUUGAAUUAUGUUGUUAUCAUGGAGCAGUUGAUUGUUUUAAGUUCUUAAGAACUAAAUUCAGCUCAGAAAUAACUCAAUUAUGUCUUGAAUUUUCAUUUUUAGGCGGAAAUCAAGAGAUUAUGAGUGAAUGUUUGAAAUAUCAAACACCAGAAGAAGAAUGCAUGAAAUAUGCAAUUAUUUCACACAACAUUGACUUUGUUGCAUUCUUGAUGAAUGAAUACAAUAUAGAGAUUGAUUUAUUUUCUUGUGGAUGGUAUCGUAAUCUUGAAUCAUUUUUAGUUUGUUUCGAUCAAACUAAUGAUGUUAACAAAUGUUUUAUUAAUUCUGGAAUGUUUAAUAUUCCAUCUCUGUGCGAAUAUUUCCUAUCAAAUGGUGCAAACAUCAAUGAAAAAGAUAAUGAUGGACAAACCGCUCUCCAUUAUACAGCAUAUAAUGGUAACAUAGAAACAGCCGAACUUCUUAUUUCAUAUGGUAUAAAAAUCAAUGAAAAAGAUAAUGAAGGAAGAACCGCUCUUCAUUUUGCAGCAUAUAAUAAUAGAAAAGAAAUAGCCGAACUUCUUAUUUCACAUGGCAUAAAUAUCAAUGCAAAAGAUAUAAAUGGAGAAACUGCUCUUCAUACUACAGCAUAUGAGAAUAGAAAAGAAACAGCCGAAAUUCUUAUUUCACAUGGUAUAAAAAUCAAUGAAAAAGAUAAUGAAGGAAGAACCACUCUUCAUACUACAGCAUAUGAGAAUAGAAAAGAAACAGCCGAAAUUCUUAUUUCACAUGGCAUAAAUAUCAAUGCAAAAGAUAUAAAUGGAGAAACUGCUCUUCAUACUACAGCAUAUGAGAAUAGAAAAGAAACAGCCGAAAUUCUUAUUUCACAUGGCAUAAAUAUCAAUGCAAAAGAUAUAAAUGGAGAAACUGCUCUUCAUACUACAGCAUAUGAGAAUAGAAAAGAAACAGCCGAAAUUCUUAUUUCACAUGGUAUAAAAAUCAAUGAAAAAGAUAAUGAAGGAAGAACCACUCUUCAUACUACAGCAUAUGAGAAUAGAAAAGAAACAGCCGAAAUUCUUAUUUCACAUGGUAUAAAUAUCAAUGAAAAAGGUAAAACUGGAAAAACCGCUCUUCAUAUUGCAGCAUAUAAUAAUAGUACAGAAACAGCCGAACUUCUUAUUUCAUUUGGUGCAAAUAUCAAUGAAAAAGAUAAUGAAGGAGAAACAGCACUUCAUAUUGCAGCUGAUUAUAAUAGUAAAGCAACAGCCGAACUUCUUAUUUCAUAUGGUGCAAAUAUCAAUGAAAAAGAUAAUGAAGGAAGAACCGCUCUUCAUAUUGCAAUACUUUAUUACAGAAAAGAAAUAGCCGAGCUUCUUAUUUCACAUGGUAUAAAUAUCAAUGAAAAAGAUAUAAAUGGAGAAACUGCUCUUCAUAUAGCAACACAACUUAAUAGUAAAGCAACAGCCGAACUUCUUAUUUCACAUGGUGCAAAUAUCAAUGAAAAAGAUAAUGAAGGAAGAACCGCUCUUCAUAUUGCAAUACUUUAUUACAGAAAAGAAAUAGCCGAGCUUCUUAUUUCACAUGGUAUAAAUAUCAAUGAAAAAGAUAUAAAUGGAGAAACUGCUCUUCAUAUAGCAACACAACUUAAUAGUAAAGCAACAGCCGAACUUCUUAUUUCACAUGGUGCAAAUAUAUAA